AGUUUAGCCGUAAUGCUGUUUGAAAUUUAAAAGAAAAAAAAAUUCCAUUUUAUUUUGUUAGUUUUUAUAUAUAUCUUUUAAAUUGAUAUAAUUUCCAGUUUUUUUUAUAUUCUGUGAAUAUAAUUUCUAAUUUGUGCAUGUUAAAUUCCACCGUUUGAUUGGAACCUUUUUUUUGAAAUUUAGUUGUGAAAAGAAAAACUACAAAAUUGACAAAAUAAAAAUGGUACAUUCAUCAUUAUCAUCAUCAUCGACAAUCGAUCAACAGCAAAAACAACCAACGGCAAUAUCGAUUCGAAAUUUUUAUAAUGGAAAAUCCAUCUUUCUAACUGGUGGCAGUGGUUUUAUUGGAAAAGUUUUAAUUGAAAAAUUAUUAUAUUCUUGUCCAGAAAUUGAACGUAUCUAUUUAUUAAUACGUCCAAGUCGUGAUGGUAAAUCACCACAACAACGUUUGGAAGAAGAGGUUAUCAAAUCCAGAGUAUUCACCUUUCGUAACAAAGCAUUUGAUUUCAGUAAACUUGUUGCCGUUAAUGGUGAUAUGACAAAACCUCGUUUAGGUUUAUCUGAUUCUGAUUAUCAAACACUUAUCGAAAAUGUAUCGAUUGUAUUUCAUUCAGCUGCCACUGUUCGUUUUCAUGGACCAUUAAAAAAAUUUGUCACUCAAAAUAUACAUGGUACCGAAUCGGUCAUGAAAUUAAGUCGUGAUAUGAAAAAAUUACAGACUGUUGUAUACGUUUCAACUGCUUAUGCAAAUUGUAAUCUAAUUGAUGUUGAAGAAAAAGUUUAUCCAUUAGCCGAUGAUAUUGAAUCACUGAUCAAUAAAAUUAUUAAUGAAGAUAGUGAUGAAGCACCGAGUGAUGGUCAUCCAUCAUUAAUGGGACGUCCAAAUUCUUAUACAAUUAGUAAGGCUAUUGCCGAAUGUUUGGUGGCUUCAAAAUAUUCUGAUCUACCAGUUGUUAUCUGUCGUCCAUCCAUUGUUUCACAUGCAUAUCGUGAACCAGCCGAAGGUUGGUGUGAUAGUCUUAAUGGUGUUGCUGGUGCUCUAUUACUUGGUGGUCUUGGCAUCGCUCGUACGAUGGAAAUGCGUUGUGAUUACAUUUCCGACAUUAUCCCUGUGGAUUUUGUUGCCAAUUCAUUGAUUGUAAUUGGCUAUCAUUCAUCAUUGUAUCCAGAAAAAAGACCAAAAGUGAUACAUAUAACUUCCGGGCAUAAAAAUCCAAUAUCAUGGGCACAGAUUUUAAAUUAUUCACGUAUGGCUGCAGUUAAAAAUCCAUCAGUUAAAAUGGUUCGACCUAUUGCACAAAAUCCGAUAAGUGCUGGUAGUUUUGUCGGUCGUGUAAAUCAUCGUUUAACAAUGUUCUUCUCUCACAUAUUGUUCGCUUAUAUAUUCGAUUUCAUAUUGUUAAUUUGUCGACAAAAACGUGUCAUGGUUGAUGUGACAAACAAAAUGCAUCGCGCACUUGAAGUACUUAAACAUUUUACAAAUCAUCAAUGGUUUUUUCGUAAUGAUAAUUAUAGUAAAAUAUUUCAAUCAUUGCCUGAUGAUGAAAAACAUUGUUAUCAAUCUAAUGUUGAGGCAAUCGAUUGGACUUGUUAUUGUAAUGCAUUGUGGAUGGGUUCACGACGUUAUCUAAUCAAUGAAGAUGAUUCAACAUUAAAAGAUGGUAUUCGACGCCAUAAAAUAUUAAAAUUAGCAUAUGGAUUAUUGGAUUUGUUUAUUUAUACAAUUAUUUUGUCUAUAUUUGGCUAUAUUAUUUCAUUAUUGAUGCAACCAAACAUCACAAUUGGCUGAAACAAAACAAAAAAUCUGAUCAUUGAUCAUUUUUAUUCAUUUUUAUAUAUAUAAUUUAAAUAUAAUUAACUAUAUUGAUGGGAUAAUCGAUGAG